AUGAAAAGCAUACAGUGGCUCUACCUAUAUGGACUAGUAAUCGUGGUGUUGAUCCCAGCCAGCUGGCAGACUGUUCUCAACGAUUUGUCCAAUGAGUCUAGAUGGCAAUCUUUUGAAUCAAAAAGCGCUCGGAGUUUUACUUCCAACAUCAAGCGGCAUUCUGAAGGCACCUUCACCAGCGAUUUUACCAGAUAUUUGGACAAGAUGAAGGCCAAGGACUUUGUGCACUGGCUUAUCAACACAAAACGUUACAGCUCUACAAAGAGGUACAUAAAAGGAGACCACGACAUCAUCUCCUUCCCUUCUGACCACUCACCAUUUAGGUCCGAUUAGCCACCAGACCAAGAAAUCAGCCUUGUGGAAGGAUCUUCCCACAGCUGUCUAGUGGACCUAGUCACAUCUGACAACAAUCAAAGGAUUCCUCAAUGAAACUGAAUUGUACUAAGUGUUCAUUGCUCCCCAGCUAUUGUCAUGACAAAGUAUAGUGAAACAUCCAACCUCUGUGACUAAUGAGGUCAGCACGCCCUGUUAAAAAUGGAUUUGUUUUCACCCUUUACGCCGCUGUUUUAGUGUUGU